AUGGACAUUAAAGCCCGGUCUAAGGCAAUGCGCGAGAUCCUCACUAGACUGGUGGAGCGAACGCGCGGCGUCAUCGAAGUCAAAGUCUUUGGUGACAAGGUCAUUCUCGAUGAAGACGUGGAGAACUGGCCCCGGUGUGAUGUUCUCAUAUCCUUUUUCUCCACGGACUUCCCACUAGAUAAAGCAAUUUCCUAUGUCAAACUUCGCAAUUCGUUCUGCAUAAACGACCUGCCACCGCAGGCUUUGCUAUGGGACCGUCGCUUGGUUGGUCAUGUCCUCGACCACCUCAAAGUGCCCACGCCAAGACGUCUUGAAGUGUCUCGCGACGGGGGACCCAAGGUUGACGACGAACUACGCGAGUUCAUGAAGAAAAAGAUUGGGAUUGAGCUAGGCGGUUUCCAAGUUACACCGGAAGUCAGCAUGAGUGAAGAUGGAAACGCCAUCAUCAUUGACGGUCAUGUGAUGGAGAAGCCCUUUGUCGAAAAGCCUGUGAGCGGCGAGGAUCACAACGUGUACAUCUAUUUCCGAGGAGGCGGGGGUCGCCGGUUAUUCAGGAAGGUCGGGAACAAAUCGAGUGAAUUGGAUCCCUCUUUGAACUGCCCACGCACGGAUGGUUCAUACAUUUAUGAGAAGUUCGUGGAUGUCGACAAUUCCGAAGACAUCAAGGUGUACACAGUCGGUAAAGACUAUACCCACGCAGAGACGCGCAAAUCGCCCUUUGUAGAUGGUGUCGUCAGGCGUAACACGGACGGCAAGGAAAUUAGAUUUAUUACGCGUUUGAGCGACGAAGAGAGGGCCUGGGCAGCCCGAAUAAGCGAGGGUUUUGGGCAGACAGUGUGCGGGUUCGACAUGCUUCGUUGCGAUAACGGAAGAACCAGCCAAGUGAUUGAUGUCAAUGGCUGGAGCUUCGUCAAGGGCAACGAAUCAUACUACGACAAGGCCGCCGAAAUCCUCGCUGCAAGCUGUAUCCAUGCCUCUGCAUCGGCCGAACGACCCCUGUCUGCCGCCGAGGCUACAAUUGAGGAAUCUCCCACCUGGUUGCUCAAGGCAAACGUCACUGUGUUCCGCCAUGCGGAUCGCACGCCCAAGCAAAAGCUGAAGUUCAGCUUCCCGAUUGGCGAGUCAUGGACGGAGCCCUUCGUGCAGUUGCUCAACGGCGAGAAGGAGGAGAUCAUCCUCCGCGAGCGCGUGCAACUUAGCCGCAUACAGACCGCGGUUGAAGAGGCCAAGGGUCUCGGCGCCGGCGGAGACGACCUUGCAAAGCUCACUCAGCUGAGCAAUGCGCUGAUCAGCAAGAUCGAGCUCCCGGGAACGAAAGCGCAGCUUAAGCCUGUCUAUACGAAGAAGCAGGCAGGCCAAGCCAGGAAGCUCACUAAGCUGACGUUGGUUUUCAAAUGGGGCGGAGAGUUCACACAUUCGGCGCGGUACCAGUCACGCGACCUUGGCGAGAACAUGAAGAAGGAUAUUUCAAUAAUGAACAAGGAGGUUCUGAAAAACGUCAAAAUAUACACCUCGUCGGAGCGCCGCGUCAUCGCCUCAGCAGAGAUUUUUGCCGCCGCUCUAUUUGAAACACAACGGGACACAUAUCCGAUGUCAGCGCCAGGCGCUCCCCCAAACAGCGGAAGCUCGACACGUUCGUCGCAAGAUGGAAGGGAUGGUGUGAACACGCCAAAUCACGCUUCGACCACUGGGAGUGGGUUCCGACCCUCAACGCCCAGGCGCGAGCACUCUUUACUGUCAAGGCAAAAUGCGCCGAAGCUUAUCGUACGCAAGGACCUACUGGACGAUUCGAACGCGGCAAAGGACCUCAUGGACGAUGUCAAGAAGCGCUUAAAGAUCCUUUUGCGUCCCGGUGAGCCUGAGAAGCGUCCGGAGCUGACGUGGCCGAAGAGCAUGAAAAAGGAACCCGUUGAAGUGGUCAAGGAAGUCAUUGAUCUGCUCCGGGACUUCCGGGACAUUAUGCGACGGAACUGGGAGACCGUCGACGUUGACAAAAUACAGGAACGAUGGUGUUGCGGCGACGAACCAUGGCUCUUCCGCGAGCGGUGGGAGAAGCUGUUCGAGGACUUUUGCGAUGUCAAACAAGAAAAAUUCGACCCCUCCCGGGUCUCGGAGCUUUACGACACUAUUAAAUACUGCGCACUGCACCAUCGCCAGUUCUUAUUCUCCAUCUUCAGCGAGAACGGCCAGCCAGGUUCUCACGAUCGUCAGCUGCACGAGCUGUACGGCCGCGCCAAGGCGCUCUUCGACCUCGUCGCGCCACAGGAGUACGGCAUCGAGCCCGAGGAGAAAGAGGAGAUUGGUGUGCUGACAUCUCUGCCGCUUCUGCGUCACGUUGUGGACGACCUCGAGAACGCGCGGAACAAUGAAGAGUGUUCUCUCACACUGUACUUCACGAAGGAGAGCCACAUUCACACACUCGUGAACCUCGUCCUGCUCUCCGGCCUCCCCAUCGCGAACCGGCGGAUCCCGGAGCUGGACUACUGUUCACAUAUCACGUUCGAGCUGUACGAACGCAAUCACGGCAGGGGCAAGUCCGACAAGGAGUACUCCAUCCGACUCUCUCUAAGCGAGGGUGCACACUCGUCCAACGUGCUCGACUCUGCCCUCGACGCACGGCACUCGCUUAAUGUGCAGCCGCGCCGCAAGCUGACGCAGCACCUGCCCUACAGCCUCGUCAUAGAGAAGUUCUCCAAGCACUUUGGGAGGGUCCCGGACGACGACGAGACAGGCCCUGACGAGCCGUUCGAGACGAUCGACGCGCUUAACGCGCCGGUCGCGAACCAGAGCCCGCAGGACGAUCCUUAGCAACUACAGCUCCCCUUCCUGCGCUCGUGGCCCUCGCCUCGGUCCUCGGCGGCGACAUGGCCGACGGUACGGACGCCCUCGCUACCGCCGACAGGUUGCUGGCCGGAGAACUGCAUCACGCGGCUAUGGUGCACCCGACCUGUCAUGCAGACCUGAUCUCGAACUCUUCCUUCACUCACCUCUCGGACACAGGAUAGUCUUCGUGAUACCAUAUGAACUAUCAGUGCUGCGUUCUAGGUAUAGCUUACAGAUAAGGGUAUCCUACUACUAGAAUAUUUCUACUGUACAUACUUCUUAUUCUACGCAUAAUGCAUGGUGCCGUGGCGAUGAUUAGAUCACGCA